CCCGCUCAACAAACUCAUUUAUUACAUUGGCAAGGAGAUCAAGAGAGAAUCGAUGGAGAUAGAAGUACGAGCCUUGUCCAGGGAGGUUCCACGGCAGUCGCCGGCUGCCGCCGCAGAGACGGCCUACUUGGUGUGGGAGGACCUGACGGCGGUGCUGCCUAACUACGGCAGCGGCCGGCCAGUGAAGAAACUGAUACGGGACUUGAGCGGCUAUGCGGUGCCCGGCCGGAUACUGGGCAUCAUGGGGCCUUCCGGCUCCGGCAAGUCGACUCUUCUAGAUUCCUUAGCAGGGAGGCUCGGAAACAACGUUGUUUUGCAUGGCAGUGUGCUGCUCAAUGGGAAGAAGAGAAGGUUGGAUUACGGCGCAGUGGCAUAUGUGACACAAGAGAACGUGUUCCUGGGGACCCUCACCGUCCGGGAAACCAUCACGUACUCGGCCCACCUUCGGCUGCCGGGGCACAUGAGGAAGGCGAAAGUGGCGGAGGUGGUGGAGGCAACGAUACAUGAGAUGGGGCUGCAGGAGUGCGCCGAUCGGACGAUCGGGAACUGGCAUCUGAGGGGUAUUAGCGGCGGGGAGAAGAAGAGGCUGAGCAUCGCGCUGGAGAUUCUGACGCGGCCGAGGCUCCUCUUCUUGGACGAGCCCACAACCGGACUUGACAGCGCUGCCGCCUUCUUUGUGAUGCAGACGCUGAAGCAGAUGGCGGUGGAUGGAAACAAGGUCAUCAUCUCCUCCAUCCACCAGCCCAGCAGCGAGGUCUUUGGCCUCCUUGAUGACCUCUGCCUCUUGUCCUCCGGAGAGACGGUCUUCUUUGGAGACUCUAAGUUGGCCACCCAGUUCUUUGCAGAUGUUGGAUUUCCCUGCCCUACAAGAAGAAAUCCUUCAGAUCACUUCCUCAGAUGUAUAAACUCUGAUUUUGAUCACGUAAAUGCCACAAUUAAAGUCUCAUUGAAGUUACAUGGGGAAGCAGAAACAUCUUCAGAUCCUUUGUCAAAAUUAGCUACUGCACAGAUUAAAGGAAUCCUCAUUGAUGCAUACAAAUGCUCAGAGUAUGCCAUGGACACCAAAAAGCAGAUUCAAGAGAUAUGCAAGAUUGAAGGACUCACAGUUGAAUCAGAGAAAGGUAGCCAGGCCACUUGGUGGAAGCAGCUCACAAUUCUCACAAAGAGAUCCUCUGUGAACAUGUCCAGGGACAUUGGAUACUAUUGGCUAAGGAUCAUCGUUUAUAUGCUGGUCUCUGUGUGCGUGGGCACCAUUUUCUUUGAUGUUGGCACGAGCUACACAGCCAUUCUAGCAAGAUCUUCUUGCGGGGGCUUCGUUUCAGGCUUCCUCACAUUCAUGUCCAUCGGCGGCUUCCCAUCCUUCAUUGAAGAGAUGAAGGUCUUCAAACGUGAAAGGCGCAAUGGCCAUUAUGGAGUUGCAGUGUACACACUCUCCAAUUUUCUGUCUUCAGCACCUUUCUUGGGGGCCAUAGCUCUCUCCAGUGGUUCAAUAACAUACUACAUGGUGAAGUUUAGGACGGGCUUCUCUCACUUUGCUUACUAUACUCUCACUCUCUAUGCUGGCAUUGCUGACAUAGAGAGCCUGAUGAUGAUUGUGGCAUCACUUGUGCCUAAUUAUUUGAUGGGUAUCAUAACUGGAGCUGGCCUCAUUGGAAUUAUGAUGAUGACUGCAGGCUUUUUUCGAUUACUUCCGGAGCUUCCCAAGAUUGUUUGGCGAUAUCCUGUUUCAAUUUUCAGCUACGGAUCAUGGGCAUUGCAAGGAAACCUCAAGAAUGAUCUGAUCGGACUCGAGUUUGACCCGUUAGUACCUGGAAGCCCCAAACUGAGAGGAACAUACAUAAUCGAACACAUGCUCGGGGUCAGUUUGAAGCAUUCCAAGUGGCUAGAUUUGAUGGCUUUGUUUGUGCUGCUCAUUUCAUACAGAACCAUCUUCUUUCUCAUUCUGAAGCUGAGAGAGAAGGCAUCUCCACUCUUUCAGAUGAUGUAUGCAAGAGCUACUGUAAAGCAGGUGAUAAAGAAACCUUCCUUAAGGAAGAGGCUGAGUUCAGUGUCAUCAAGGUACCAACCACAGCAUCCCAUGGCUUUACAGGAAGGUCUCAGCUCUCCUCUGCCAUGAUAAGUUGAUAACUAAAACAAAUGUAAGACACUAUAAUCAAAUUGUAUGAAACAGACUGAAUGAUACGAUUACUUUCAAUGUGCAACCCUUAUAUAUUAUCAUAAACUUUCAA